ACUGACACAACAAAAUGGCCUAGGAGAGCAAGAUCAGGCCCCGUUCGUUCAUUAAAAGAAGCAGUGACACGAAGCUCACUGCAGAUAGUGCCAGCUGCUGCUUCGCAUUUUUAUGUCGAUUCGCACACAUCCCAGGUUCAAUGGAUCGUCGUUUGAACUCCAUCCACAGAGCAUUACGCUUUUGCAGACAUUCUAACCUCUAAGCUGAAAAUCAAUCAGAAUGGAGUACCCGCCCACACCUCCUCAUCUUCCUGAGGGAGGGAUUCCAAGCCCUGAGCCUACCAGGAAGUCUGUCAAAUUGGAGGAGCCUGUGUUGCCUCGGAAUUGCUCGCCAGAGCCAAACUGCACAAUAUGCCUAGGCCCGUUGACAAACCAAUCAAACACCGACAUAUGUGCCCAUAAAUUCUGCUUCGACUGUAUUCUCACUUGGUCAAAGGUCAAGUCGGAAUGUCCUCUGUGCAAACAGAAGUUCUCCAUGAUAUACCAUGAGUACAAAGAAGAUGGCAGCCACGAGGUAUACACUGUUCCGAGGCCGGUGCCAGAACCAAGCAUGGACGCGGCAGAGCUGCACGGCAACUACUUUAUGGUGGUCAACAUGCCAAAUCUACCAGACAUGCCGCCCAUCAUGCCGUUCAUGCGGCGCAACCUCAACCGGCAUCGGCUACCUCACCUGCCCCCGGCCUUCACUCGCUUCCGUAGAAGCACCAUUCCGCGGCCGACCGCCCUGUCGGCGACCUCUGAGCACUCCCUGCCCCCAGCCAGAAACACCAGAUCUCACUCUCGCCUCUUGGAGGCCUUCCAGUAUCGGCCACCCAUCACCACAGGUCCAGCCAUUGGGAUUGAGCGCCGCAGACAAAUAUAUGCUCUCAACCAGUGGGCCCUACCGCUGCCAGACGUCACCCUGCGCUCCAGGGAACAUUCUCUUGCAUUUUAUGUUGAAAACCCAGCUAUGACUCAUCGACUAACCUCCUGGAUAUUGCGGGACCUCUCAGUAUUACUGUCGGAGCCAAGAAUCGCAGAAGCGUCGCAGCGCAUCACUGAACUGCUGCUGCUGCACGACCUGAAGAGUAGGGAGUUCUACAACGAGGUGCACCGCUUCCUUGGUGACCGUACGCGUCACUUCAUGCACGAACUUACCUGCUUCGCCAGCUCGCCAUACGACAUGCUAGGCUACGACCGCCACGUGAGCUACGGCAACUGGGACACUCAUUUCGACAACUUUCUUCGCCAGUCAAAUGAGAAUGGCGCAUCUAGGCUGCUUGAUGAUGAGGUACAAUUUGCGUUUAUACCUAACCCGCUUAUCACUACCCUGGCAAUUUCCAAUCAAAAUGACAUAAUGGAAGUACCAGUGGACAACAACCCUUCGCCUACUUCGCGUUUCGACUACAACAUGCGAGAGCGGCUGAAUUUCUAUAGGCAGCGCGAAUCAGAUCGCUGGGGCCGCAUUUACGCCCGUCUGCGCUCCAUCCAGGACCACUCGGUGCGCGUCGGCGAACUGCUCAGCUUCCCCAUGCCGUCCGAGUCGAGCGCGUUCACCGCCUUCACGGCCGCGCCCGCCCCAGCGCCCUCUGCGGGCGCGCUUAAUCUGCAGGAGCCCGUCGUGCAGCCGGUGGCCGGGCCCUCGGGCAUCGCCUCCACGGCGCCGAGCACCGUCGAGGCGCCUAUAGUGCUCGACUCAUCAGAUGAGGAGACACCCCUGCCGCAAAAGCAGAGCCCGGACAGCCCUCAGCCGUCGGACGACGAUGACGACGACGUUGAGGUGGUUGGCGAAUUCCGGCCCCGGCGCCUUCAAACGCCGGAGGUCAUAGAAAUAAACUCUGACUUGGAUGAAUUGCUGCCCGAGUUUGUUAACGAGCUGCCGCCAAUGUUGCUUCCUAACUCGCCCGACCGACUGCUUGGGGAGUGCGUUGACCUGGCCAUUAACCACGUGAUGCAAGAGGAGGAGGUGCCACCUCCGCGACCCCCGUCGCCGCCACCUAUGCCGCUGGGGGCGUCUGAGGAGAAGAAAAAACAGCGCCGCGCACAUAAAAAGUGCAAGCGAGAGUCAACGUCGCCGUCGUGCUCAGUUUCCAGCAAGCGCAGUAAGCACAAGAAACACAAAAAGCAGAAGCACCAUAGCCGAACCGGCGAAUCAAGCAGCAGCAGCAACAACAACAACAAGCGGUACUGCAAUGUCUAUAGCGAUGCCAGCAGUGAAGAUGAAAGUCUAGCUCUCUUGUACAAACCUCCGAAGAUGAAAUUGAACCUGUACAGUUCAAGUGAUGAAGAUGAAGGACCCACGCCCCUCGUGCGGAGUGUAAUAGUUGCCAAUCCGAAGACAGGUGGCAUGUCCACCUCGCGUUACUGAUUGUGAGCAUUCUGUCUGUGUGAGUGAACUAGUUGAAGACCUGGAACUCUUAUCAAUUUAUGUUGUAAAAAUGCGAAGAAAUGUUUCUCCAGAUUAGAACGAAAGUCCCGUCAUUUUAUUCCGAUCGCUUUCCUUUUGUCUGUAUUUCUAUGUUUUCUUCUAAAAAAGAACUUAUGAUUUUUAUUCAUUGCUGUAAAGCGGAUAAAGUUUUGUAUGAAAAUAAAGCAAAACUUAGCUUGGUAUACACGA